UCUGGUGCCUCCUCUCCCUUCUUGGAAGCUGUGCCCUCUGCUCAGUCUCUCUCGCUCUCUCCCUAGUGCAAACAUGUCGGACCAGGAGCGCCUCAUGGACUCACUGAGGAAAGAAGUGAGGUCGCUGCUGAUGGCUGUCAAAGAGGGCCUGACCCCAGUGCAGCUGGAGAGCGAGUACCUCUCGAUGAUUGGCAGACCUCUCCCGUUGCGCACCUUGGGCUACCAAUCCACCAUGGAGCUGGUGAAGGACAUGCCCGAUGUCGUCAGCAUCAGCUCCUCUAAGGAUGGCUCUGUUGUACUGAAAGUCAUUGCAGAUGAGGCCACCAGAGGAAUAGCAAAUUUGGUUGCCAGGCAGAAGACCAGUACAAAAGCACGAAAUAGCAUGCGAAGAACAAACACCUUCUCUCGCCUUAGCCUCCCUCGGCGGGGCCGGACUCCUCCUAUCCUGCCAGCUGUGGUGAAGAGUGAGCUGAAGGACCUGCUGAGUCUGUCCCCAGUCUUGCUCUCAGAUUUUGAUAAGGCCUUCACCAGGCGCUUUGGACGGCCAUUCCAAUAUGUGCGCUAUGGAUUUUUCUCCAUGGUUGACGUGCUGAACGCAGCCUCCGAUAUCGUUGCCAUUGAGCAGACCAGGGCGGGUUCUCUACUGACCCUGAAGAGAAGUUUCUCGGUUAAGCAACAGCAGGAAAAGCUGUCGCCGGGUGAAAAGGUGACUCAGCCAAGGAAGGCAGAGCAGUCCAAGUCUGAUUGUCCUUCAGCACCUGCAGUUAAGACACCCCCUCCAGGAUCUGUCUUGUAUGCAGACAGCCUCGAAAUACCAAAACAGAGACCAGAACCAGUGGAAGCAGAAGUAGGGAGCUGUGGUGAGAAACUGAAACAAUUGGAGAAGAAUAUGAAGAUGAUGAUUGCACAGAAAGGAGCCGGAGGAACAGUCAGCUCAGAACUCAAAGAAAAGAUCCGAGUUGUUGCAGCCCAGUAUCCCGAGGGUUUGCUUGCUUCUAAGCUACCUGGUGAGUUUGAGGCACGCUUUAAAGAGAAGCUGUCGGUGAAGGAGCUGGGUUUCUUAAAUGUGAUGGACUUUGUUGGGGCCCUUAAUGACAUUCUCCAUGUUGAGUGCAAGGAAGGCGAACAGGACUGGCUGGUCUUUGAUCUUGAAUCAAAGUGCUUAGCAGAUGGUGCUGCUGAGCUCAAGGUUUCCACCUGGGAUUUCCGUUCUGAGAACUCUGAGAGCUGGGACCUGAAAAAAAGCCGAGAGCUUAAUGUGGUAAAAAAGAUGCUGAAACCGCAUUUGGAUAUGGAGGAGCUACAGCUCGCCCAGGAGAUAGCAGAGCCAGAGAUCCCCCCUGAUGCUGUUCAGGACAGAAGACUUUACUGUCUCCCCACACUAGACAGCAGCAUGCUGGUGGGUGUCUUUGUGGAGUACAUCAUCUCACCUAACCAGUUCUACAUCCGGAUAUAUAGCCGGGAGACAUCUGAGAUGCUGGAGGACAUGAUGAUUGAGAUGAGACGAUGCUAUUCAAAUAAAAAUGUUUCUGACCGUUACAUCAUGCCGGAGGACUUGGUCCAGCCUGGCCGUCUUUGCUGUGUUAGGAUUUCUGAGGACAAAUGGUGGUAUCGGGUCAUCGUCCACCGGGUGCUCAGUCAACAGAAGGUGGAGGUGUUCUUCCCAGACUUUGGGAAUAUGAGGACAGUCCAGAAGUCUUGCCUGAGAUUCCUCAAAUGCUGCUAUUCGAAACUUCCUGCCCAGGCUAUCCCUUGUUCUUUGGCGUGGGUAAAGCCCAUAAAGGGGCAUUGGACCACCAAUGCCAUUCUCCAAUUCUGGAAACUGUGCAGCUUCAAGCCAUUGGUGGGAGUGGUGGAUGAAUACGUGAAUGGAGUUCUUCACCUCUUCCUGUGUGACACAACUUCUGAUGAGGAUAUCUACAUCCAUCAGGUCUUGAGAACAGAGGGCCAUGCCAUCAUUUGCAGAGAAAAUAGUCCCUCUGAGGGCUUCAUACAACUGAACCCUUCAGUCUUGUACCUCCAGCCCAGUUUGAAGCAGGAGAAUGAUGGAUCAGCAGGGCCAGAUGUUCCCCCACAGGAACAGGAAUCUUUCUGUGAAGUCAGCUGGGCAGUGAAGCCAGAGCUGAAAGAGAGUGAACAACAUGCUCAGAGAUCUCAGAAUGACCAAAAAGAUCCAGUGUACUUCGAACCUGAAAGAAAGGUACAAGAAUAUGCCUACAUCAGCCAGGACUCCCAAGGGAAAGACCACCAAAAUUAUCAGGAAAGUCCAAACAUAGAGCACAGAAAGCCAAAACAGGAAAUGCAGGAUGGUGGAAGGCCUCCUCUGGAGAUGCCAUACCUAGAGCCAGUGUCUGUGAGCUCAGACGUCUGGGAUGAAAAUUGGUUCCCUCUGCAAACCUUAAAGGAGCAUAUUGGCAUUGGCCAAGAUUCCUUGCAUUUGGACACAGUGGCAUCGUCCAGCCAGACCUCCAGCCAUGAAGGAGGGAGUCCGAGCCUGCAAAGCAAAGAGCAACAGGUAUGGCAUUUUGCUGUUGCUGAAGAGACGUGGGAUGAUGUGUGGCCAUUUUUGGAUCACAUGGACAUGACAAGGACAACAGUUGAAAAUUCCGAAUUCCCAAUCCAGGAGAAAAUGGGAGAAGUCCUGGAGCCUAUUGGGGGCUUGAAGCCCUCAGCAGAGCAGAGUCAUUUGGAGCCUAAUCCAAACAAAAUACCUCCCAACGAGGUUCAGUUUCUUGAAUCACCGCCAGCCUCUGCCUCUCUUACAUCAGCACCUGUAUCUUCAGACAAGCAGAAUGGGGAAGUCAUCCAAGAAAAGGUGAAGAAUGAGGACCUCUCUGGGACCCAAGUUAUCACACUGAAUAGCAGCAACAGCUGCACUAACCGAGGGACUGAGAAGCAGAAUUCCCUGAUUCUAGCUGCUGAGCUCCAAGUGUCAAAGAGGCUCUACAUCCCUCGCAGCUCGCCUACUGCAGCAUUGGGAGCAGCUGCACGCUUGGCUACCUCCAAUGGCCUUUUUCACUGGCUCUCUGUCCUGAGAAAGCUGGAGACAUGAGGAGGAACCCCAGCCAGUGGCAUGGUUUCCCAAGAAUGGAGUUUAAUCCACUUGUACUGCACCAGACCAGAUUGAGAAACAGCAGAUACCCCUUCAGGGGUUGGAGCUCCUCCGUCACUUCUCCUUGGCCAUGAGAGAUUCAUUCUCCUUAUAACUAGAGCCUGGGGUCUCUUUGAACGUGCCUGUGUGUACAGGAUAAAUGUUGCUUUUUAUUUUCAGUGAAGAUGGUUAUAUUCCUUUUUUUGUACUGCUGUGUUAUGACUGUUCUUUUUAAUAGAGUGGUUUCAACUGUUUCAGUAUUGUUUUUAUGGUGCGUGUGUGUGUCUGUCCCCCAGAAGGUGGAAGAAGGAAAUUGGGGUCAAAUUUGGCAAAUC